AUGGCUGACUGGAAUAAAAAAUGGCGAAUCAAAAUUCAAAAUCCAAAUCUCUUCUUACUACAUUCGUCAUAUGUAUCUGCUGACACCGAGUUAUUGGUGUGUAGACCACCAUUCAUUUACGAUAAUUCCACCAGAUCAUUAGUUGUAGUAGAAGGUCAAUCAGUGAAACUUGCAUGUUUUGCUGGUGGAUAUCCUACUCCAAAAAUUUUCUGGAGGAAACCUAAUAACCCAAUAUUUUCUAUGGGUAACAUUUUGAAAAUUCCUGCUAUAAAAAAAGAAGAUCGUGGAAACUACUACUGUAUAGCUGGAAAUGGUGUCGGAAAUGAUACCAGCCGUAGAAUUUCCAUAUCAGUAGAAUUUCCUCCAGUUAUAACUGCUUUACAAACUAGUGUGGGACAAGCUGUGCUUUAUGACGCAUAUCUUGAAUGUCAUGUUGAGGCGAAUCCUCAACCAGCCAUCUCUUGGAUAUAUAAAGGAAUAGAAAUAUCUAAUAAUCAACAUUACUGGAUAUCAGAUUCUGUUACUGCUGAUGACAAAACGGACAAAACGGUAUUACCACAAUGUCCUUUCGUCUGUAAAGAUUAA